AAUAUUUAUAAGGUAGGCCGAAAGAGAACUGCUGAAAUACUUGUGUAGCCUAUAUCCAGAGUUAAGAACAUCAUCUUGCUAGCAACUACUUCUAGCUAUUGCCCGUUAUCUUUCUCGUGUUUAGCACGAGGUAAACUUUAGUUCGAUUUUUUUAGUUUACCAAUAGGGGGACACGUGAAGUUUUUGGCAACCCAGUGACCGAUUCUCAACGUCACAGUGACCACGUUUUCUGGAUUGGGUGAAGUUAAAAGACACUAACCGUUUCGAGUUGUUUUAAUUCCCAUAAUUUUAGCCAUUCCGCUCAUAUUUGUGUUUUUUUUUAUUUUUAGAAUACAGUAAUUAGGCGAGGUGAAGAAUUUAUUUCAGUGAAGCAAAGUUUUCGGGAGGGAGAGACGUGGCGGUAUCAAAGACCUGGGUUUGAGGCACUGCUGGUGGAACAGCUGCAGAGGCAGCAGUGCAGGAGUGAGUUCUGUGACACCGUGCUGCAGUCGGAGGCCCCCAGUUCUCCCACACGCUGUCCACUGCCCCUGCACUCUCCCCUGGGCAGAAGCACCUACUGGAGUUCCAGACUGUGGGGCCUAAUGCCCUGCUGAAACUGGUGGGCUUCCUGUACUCAGGAGAGCUGCAGGGAGUGGAGGAGACCGAGAGACAGGAAGUGAUGUCAGCAGUGCGCCAGCUGGGCAUCGGUGUGCUGAUGGAGGUGGUAGAUGUAGGAGCAGCGGCAGAACAAAUGAGACGGAGAGACAGAGAGGAAGGAAUGGAGGAAGAGGGGAGCAAAGAUGGAUGGACGGGAGGAGAGGAUGGUAAAAUGCCCCUCAGAUUUCCAGAUGAGAAGGAAAUGGAAGACAAAGGAGUGAGAAGGAGAAAGGGACAAGGAAAAGGAGGGAGAGUAAGAGGAGGGAGAGAGGAAGUAGGAGAGAGUGUGAUAGAGGGAACGAGAGGGAUAAUGGAAAAGGGAAGGAUAGAUGAAGAGGUAGAGAGAGAGGGAGGGGGAGGCAGGUGCAGAGAGAUAGGAGUUCAGACUGAAGCUCUGGGGGACAAAGAAAGAGAGAGCUGGACAGAUGGGAGGGAGAGAGGAAUAGGAGAGGAAGAGCUGAGCAGAGGGAACCCUGGGCUUGCUCUCUGUAACAUUGCACUACCUGUGGUCUCACCAGCACUGUAUAUCCCCAGCACUGCCGUCGCCAAAUUUGCCUUGCAUUCUACUGCCCCUCCCCCAGCAGAUGGUCUCCAUUUGUUGGCUGCCGGGAUAUCAGCCGCUACUAGAGACAGGCCUGCAGUUAAUUGUAAAUGGCGUAAUACUUUAGUGGAAGGAGCUGAUGCUGUGGUGGGAAGAGCCUACCACAUGUUGGGAGGAGCUGUAACUGUGGUGGGAGGAGCUGACCUGGUGGUGUCUAGGGCUAACCCCAUGUUGGGAGGAGCUAAAGCUCUGGUGGGUGGUGUUGACCCCAUGUUGGAAGGAGCUGAAACUGUGAUGGGAGGAGCUAACUCCAUGCUGGGAGAAGCUGACCCCAUGGUGGGAGGAGCUGAGCCCAUGGUUGUCCCUCUAUUGCCCCCAAACCCCACUGUGUCUCUUUCUCACAUGCUGCUCUUGCCUGCACCCCAAGACUAUGCUCCCACACCUUCCAUUAGCCUGUGCCUGGACCCAGGAGACCCGCCCCCCUCCUUGCCCCUCUGUGCUUUCCCCCUUGCUCCCCAGGCAGGGUUGGUAUGCAAUGAGACAGGAGCAGGUACAGGUUUGGAGGAGGGGCAUGCUGGUGAGUUCUGCAGGUUCGAGGGCAACAUUCCGGGGUUCAUCAACUACUUCCUCAACCCGGGAGGCUCCCAGGAGGAGGAGCUCAGACCGAGGAGGGGGAGUGGCGGUGGGGAAUGUGGUGGCAGGGCUGAAACCUGCAGGGCGGGGAGCAAGCGAGUGAGGCAGAAGAAAGAGGGAAUAGGAGAAAAAAGGUCAGACGCUGGCUGGGAGAUUUUGAGGAUAAGGCCUGGGAAUGGGGUUUGGCAUCGGGGGUGGAUAGAGAGAGCGCCGGGGGUGGGGCGUGUGAAGACUGGGAGGGGCGGAGGAGUGGUGGGCAGCCGGAGCAACAUCAGGGCUGGUCCCAGUGGCAGACAGCCAAUUAAGAUUCGAUUCAAGAGGCGGUCGGAGAUGUGGGAGCUGGUGAGCGUGGCAGAGAAGGGCAGAGUGGCCACGCCCAGGAGUCGCGUUUCCCGGGGCAGGCAAAUGGCAGGGUGUUGGCCACAGAGGGGAAGUGGAAGUGGAACCUAUGGGAGAGAGAACACCCCCUGCAGAACCCUUAAUCAGGAUGGCUUCCCCAUCAUUAAAAGACAGAAGGGUCGCCCCAGGGCACGGCCCCUACCUUUCCCUGCCCUCUCCCACCACCUAUUCAAAGCCCUAACCCUCUCCCCUCCAUCUGACAACCCCCUCUUAAACUCAUCUAUCCCUUUCCAUCCUACUCUUGGCCCCACCCUUAACCUUAGCCCCACCCCUAACUUCCUGCACACCCUGCCCCUGCCCCCACCCACGCCAGUUGGGGUGGCCGAAUCAGACAAGCAGAUUGAAAAGCUGCUGGAGAAUGUCAUGAUGGAACUCCCACCCACCAUCCCUGUUGUCACAGAGACCAAGGGCAGCCACAGCAAUGGCCUCAACCACAAAAGGUUUCGCCAACCCCAUGUAGAGGCUGCUACCACCAAAGUGACAGCUGCUGGUCCCACAGUGUUGGCUGAAACAGUCCUUCCUCUCUCCUCUCCCUGCGGCACACUUGAACAUCAUGGCAGCACAACUACAAUGGGUGAACUGAAUAACAUCCUGGAUAGCUUCUUGUGGACAUUUGAAAACCAGAUGUCCAUGCAGAGCAUGGGAGAGACAGCUGUAAUGGAAGCUGGGAAUGACAGGAACACCGGAAAUGCCACACUCGGACUGUGCAGUGAGCCGGGAAGCUUCCUGGCUAUUACUAGUGAGUCUGGUGCAGGAGAAGCUAAUCCACACGCAGACCCUAACAGAACUGAGCCAGCCUUGGCUGACAGACCCAUAGGGGAUGCAUCUCCUGUAACCGGGCCCGUUUCUGGUUCUGAGCCCGUUGUGAGCAGUGGCCUUUCGUGGAAAGAGGUCCACUCUGAACCGUCUUGCCCUUGCCCAGAAUCCCAGUGUGUCCCAGCCACAGAAUGCUCGCAUGCAAUUCUGGAAUAUGCCCCCACACCCCAGAGAAAAGGGAGAAAGACAGGGCAAGUCCCCCCAAAACCUGAGCGGCCACUGGAAGGAGCUGCACACCAGCCAGUGGGAUUGCAGCAACAAUUAUUUGGAGAUUCUGAUAGUUGGAGUAUGCUACAACCUUCACUGCCACUCCCAAAGUGGCCGUCGCCCCACCCUGUGGCGCUACAGUUCCCAUUGAGCUCAAUCAAAAGACCUAGUGCAAACCACCCAGUGGCAGGCUACCUAUCAAUUGGAUUACAAAACCCACAAUGCCACGAUGUCAGUCGUCUGAAGAAGUUGGACGUCCAAUGUGGCCUCACCCAAAGGCUUGCUGGGCGUUGUAGUCCAGGGAGUUUAUGUCCAGAGAAGAGAGGAAGUUGUAGGACAAUGCAGGUUGUGGACAAAAAGAGGACUGUGAUCAGGAGGCAGGGUCAGGAAAGGGAGAGUGCAGAAGAAGAAGAGGAGGAUGGUGAUGAGGAGGAAAGAAUGGGGAAUUCCAGCCAGAGAAGAAGAUCUCUGAAAAGACGUAUUGAUAGUCCCACACAAGAACAAGAAACAACAGAUUUGGAGACAUGGAAAUCCAAAGCAAAGCAGGUGAAAUAUGAGGCCAGUAGUGCAAUUUUUCCUGGGAUGGGGGUUACAGACAGGGUGAGGUCGUUGGAGAGGAUCAGCAGCAAAGGAGGGAACGUACGGGUGGAGUCAGGUGAGGGCCUUACUGCUGGAGGAGGGGUGAGGCGUAGUAGCAGCAAGAUGCUGAGUGAGGGGACUUUAAAAGGAGGAGAUGUGAGCAUAUGUACGCCUGUCUGUCUCAUCAGACGGCUGAGCAACAGCACAGGGAGACAAAGCACGACUGGAGAAUCCCCAGAGAAACUGCCCAGAGGUGGUGCAGAGAAAUCGCCCAGAGACUGUGCAGAGAAACUGCCCAAAGGCAGUGCUGAGAAACCAUCUAGAGACAUUGCAGAGCAACUUUCCAGAGACAGGGCAGAGAAAUCUUCCAGAGACAGUGUAAAGAAACCACCCAAAGAUCACGUACACAAGAUGGAGGAAUUAACCAAUCGGACCACACUGAAGCACGAGAGCCAAACAGUCCAGACACAAAAGACUGUGGGUGGGGCCAACGUGCACACACAAGGGAGGGGGAGCGAGGGAGGUAUGGGGAGUGAGGGAGCUGUGAACGUUACAGAGGCACACUCCAAACCCAGAGAGAGAAAGGAAAGAGGGAGGCAGCUGAGAGAGAAGGGGCGAGGGUGCAGAGAAGAAGAGAGAGGGGCAGGGGUCCAGAACAGUGUGCGGAGACAAGGAGGGAAGAGGAAGAGGGAAGAGUCUGCCGCAGCAUCAGAUGUGAGGCUCAGAGCAGUGCAUGCUGGGAAAACAUGGAAUAUGAGUGAGGAAACCAGCUUGGACAUGUCUGGAACUAACAUCGAACCCAAACACAAACCCAAGAGCCAGAGACCACCGACAGGGAAAGCUCCAGGCCGAGGCACCGGAUACAUCCUGUUCUCCGCAUUCCAAGAGAUGAGAGAACUACUGAAGCCUAAUCAUAGAAGGGAGAGAACAAAAGACAGUGGAGUGAGAGAGAGAGCGAACAAGGAGAGAGGGAGAAAGAGAAGGAUCGAGAAGGAGAGAGGGAGUGAACAGGACAAUGAGUGGGAGCGGAGUGAAAAGGAAAAGGAGGAGAUGAAAGGAGAGACAGAGAAGAAUGGAGGGAGAGAGAUGGCCAUAGAAGAAAGAGCAACUAGGCCUGGAGAUGGAACAAUAGACUGGGGCAAACUGACAGAUGGUAAAGAGAACAAAAUGACAGACAACAAGACGGGGGCCGCUGAACUGAAAGAACGAGGGGAUGAAAAGACACUAAAAGGAAGAGUGAUGGAUAGUGCAGGGACACAGGUGGGUGAAAACCAGAGCUUUGGAUCAGGAGAAGAGGAGGCCGAUGUGGAUGGAGAUGGCAGAGAAAAAAUAAACUGUUGUCCUUGGGACACUGCCCCCAGUGGCCAGCCAGAUGUAUUACAGUCACAGUAUAUCCCGGUAUCCAACAGAAAGGCUCCAGACAUUGGGCCUGGAGAUGAGACAAAAAGAGAGGUAAUGUGGAAGCAGAGGAUGUCAUCUGUUGUAGUCUGUGAAAAAAAACUUCCUCUUUUGCGUCACCUGGCCACCCAGGUGUUACCGCCCACUCAGGUGAUACCCAGGGUCACAGAGGGAUCAGGCUUGGAGCAGGAAGAGGAAGUGGAAGUAGAUAUUUUAGAUUGCUCCCCUCUUCCACUCAUACUGAUGCCUGAGAUGUGGAUGAAGGGGCUCAAUUCCAUGACAUCAUCAGAGGAGGAAGAGGAAGGAGACAUUGAUGUGACUGGAGAAGAGACUGAUUGAGUUCCUGUUCUACUCCAGAGCCCCCCCUACCCCCAUCCUCCAUCCGCCUCUCCUCCAAACUGCACUUGACCAGUCACUGGUGUAACUUGUGUUCCUCUCCUCUGCCCCCUCGCCCCAGCAUGACCAAUGCCUGCCACAGGAAGUGUGUGCCCCCCCACUACAAGGAAGCAGAGCUUUCUAAGGGAGAGGCUGUGUGCCUGGACCGCUG